AUGGCUCCCGUAGUUGUCAAGUUUGAGGACAAGUACGCUCCGUCGAAAGUCGAGCAGAGCAAGGAACACAAGAAAAUCCUCAAGAGCGGCAAACCGAUUUCUCUGGAGGAGCUCAAGCGCAAGAAGAGGGCCAGAGAACAGCAGGAACUUAAGGACUCAAAGACAAAAGAAGACAAGGAUGACAUCAAAAACGAUAUUGCUUUGGACAGAUUGCUGAACGAGUCGCAUAUCCUGGCAGAGACUAGGGCAAAGGCGUAUUCGGGAGCAGAUCUGACUCUGGAAACGCUCGAUCACGAGAAUCCAACAGGGAAAGCCCGUGUAAAGACUUUGCAGAACCGAUUACAAAAAGUGUCUGAGGUGAACGGCAAAGAUGGCCAGAAACUCGAGAAGAUGCCCAUGAACAUGCGUAAGGGCAUGGUGAAGGCACAGUUACAACGUAUUGAGAAGUACGAGCGCGAGGCCAAGGACGCAGGAAUAGUGCUGGCUAAGAAGAAGAAGGGCGAAUUUAGACAGAUCGGUGGCCGUGGAACCAAGUCGAUCGAUACGAGAAUCGGCAAGGGCAUAAAGAAGGACCACCGCAUAAGAGAUCGUGGUUUGAAGAUUAACAGCAUUGGAAAAUCAACUAGAAACGGACUAAUUAUUUCGCAAAAAGAUGUGGACAGAAUCAACGGGAAAAGAUCAUGA